AAAAUUGGAGUUUUAUUCCAUUUUGGAUGCAAGUAAAGAGUUAAAUAAUUAGUUUUGGGUUUUAUUAGUAAGUUAUUCAUGUAUUGUUUACUACAUUUGCCUUAAUUUAUUCCUAACAAAUGGAGAGGAGAAUACGCACAUAUAUAAUCUCUAUAGUGCGCACGGCCCGAAGCUCUUCUAACGUACGCAUUAAUACCCGGCCGAAAGACGAUCACCACUCUCACAAGCAAAAAAUAUUUUCCCAGCGAUACGUUUUCAGUCUCCUCUCUGCUUUACUUUUAUUCGUUUUUCUUUAAUUCAUUUCUGAUUAAACACUCACGUCAAAAUCUUCAUCCUUUUCAACCUAUUUGAAAAAUCCAAUGCCGGCGAAUCACCACCGGUUUAGCUACCGGUUUAUCUUACUCUUCCUCCUAACUUUCGAAACAGCGCGGCGUUCAGCUUCCGGAGACCCAAACGACGAGGCGUGCCUCGCGAAUCUCCAUCAAAGCUUAGAAGAUCCGGCGAACAAUCUCCACAACUGGACAAAACCCUUCUUCUCCAACCCCUGCCCCGGCUUCGACUCCUACCUCCACGGCGUCACCUGCAACAACGGCAGAGUCUACAAACUCUCCCUAACCAACCUCUCCCUCCGCGGCUCCAUCUCCCCGUUCCUCUCCAACUGCACCAACCUCCAGUCCCUCGAUCUCUCCUCCAACCAGAUCUCCGGCGAGAUCCCGCCGGCGAUCCAGUCCUUAUCCAACCUCGCGGUCCUCAACCUCUCCUCCAACCGCCUCUCCGGCGAAAUCUCGCCGCAGCUCGCCCGGUGCUCGUUCCUCAACGUCAUCGAUCUCCACGGGAACGGACUCUCCGGCGUGAUCCCGCAGCAGCUCGGAACGCUCGCGAGGCUGUCGGCGUUCGACGUGUCGAAUAAUAAGUUGUCAGGUCAGAUUCCGGCGAACCUGGGGACGCGUAACGGAAACUCGCCGAGGUUCAAUUCGAGCUCGUUCGCCGGGAACGGGAAGCUGUAUGGGUAUCCGUUGGGGGAGAUGAAGAGCAAGGGGCUGUCGGUGAUGGCGAUCGUUGGGAUUGGGCUUGGGAGUGGAGUCGCGAGCUUGGUGGUUAGCUUCACGGGGGUGUGUAUAUGGUUGAAGGUCACGGAGAAGAAGAUGGAGGAAGAAGAAGGGAAGAUUAGUCACUCCAUGCCUGAUUACUAAUAAUCAUGUUAUUAUUAAUUGUGGUUUAAUUUCCUUUUAUUUAGUUUUUUUUUUUAA